AUGGCCAAUGUUUUCCGUCAAUUUUUACUGGAUGCUGAAAAUGGUGAUGUCGAUGCAGUCAAAAGAAAUAUCACAAGUGGAAUUGAUUUAGAAACGCGUGAUGAAGAUCAACAAACCGCACUUAUUCUAGCUGUACGUUGUAAUCAUUUGGAGUGUGUCAAAGUACUUAUCGAAGCGAACGCUGAUGUUAAUGCAGAGGAUGUAGAUAAUUGGACAGCCUUAUUAAAUGCAGCUCAGAAUGGAAAUCUAAGUAUUAUUCGACUCCUCAUCGAACAUGAUGCACAGAUUGACCAUUGUGAUUGUGGACAAUUCACGCCUUUAAUGUGGGCAGCUUAUCAAGGACAUGCAAGAGUAGUAGAUUAUUUAUUGAGUUGCGGUGCUAAUGUUGACGCAGUUGAUGAACACGGAAUUUCCAGUUUAAGUUGGGCAGCAGGACGAAAUCAUAUUGAAAUUGUUGCAUCACUACUUCGAGCUGGAGCCUCACCUAAUUUAUGCGAUAAGAAUAACACAACACCAUUGAUUUGGGCUAGUCGACGGGGUUAUACGGAUAUUGUUGAUUUGUUGCUGAAAUCGAAUGCUAGUGUAAAUAAUAUCGGAAUGAAAAAUAUGACGGCAUUACUCAUGGCGACGAAAGGCGGACAUACAGAAACAGCUCUUCGUUUACUCGAAAAUCGAGUUAUUGAUAUUAAAAUUCAAGAUAAAGAUGGACAAACACCAUUGAGUCAUGCAUGCGCGCAAGGUUUGACAGAUGUUGUUGCUGAACUUGUUCGACGUCAUGCUUAUGUUAAUACAGUCGAUAAGAAUGGCGAUCCUGUUCUUUUCUAUGCUGUCAGAGGUGGAAAAGAAGAUUGUGUUGCAAUAAUUCUAGAGAACCAUGCUGAUAUCAAUGCGAUCGGUGCUGAAAAUAAAACAGCCAUUUGGUGGGCAGUUGAACGAGGUCGAUUAGAUGUUGUGAAAUAUCUUCUUCAAUUUAACCCUGAUGUCGAAGUGGGAGGUGGUGAAGAUGAUGACACACCACUUUUACUAGCAACAAAACGCAAACGUGUAGCAAUUGUCUAUGAAUUAAUCAAAUAUGGUGCUAAAUUAUCUUCUACUGAUCGCUACGGAGAUAAUAGUUUGCAUAUUGCAUUACGUAAUCGUAGUCGUGAUAUCGCAGAUAUUUUACUCUCGAAUCCACGUCAUUCGAAAUAUCUCUAUCGACCUAAUAAACGUGGUGAAACUCCGUAUAAAAUUGAUGCUAGCUUACAAAAAAGCAUUUUAACGACGAUCUUUGGACAACGAACAUUAAAUUUGAAUGAUGAUUCGAUUUUGGGAUAUGAUUUGUAUUCAUCAGCAUUAGCAGAAAUUCUAAGUGAACCAUCGCUUCGAACUCCCAUCACCGUGGGUCUCUAUGCUAAAUGGGGCAGUGGAAAAUCAGGAUUACUGACACAUUUAAAAGAGGAGAUGUACAGUUUCGCGCAAUUAACAGGUACACAUUCCGCACGAAAACUUUUUCUUUUGCUAUGCCCGAAAAUGUCUUUAGAUUUUCCCACAAUGAAAUUUUCUCCAUUACUUCUAUCAGUCAUGAUACUAUGUGCAAUGAUUAUUGGUCUGAUUAUUGGUUUUACUGUUCAUUUCAUUGUUGGCAUAACACUUGGUGUAGCGACAAUGUUUAGCAUUUUAGCAUUUCUUUUUCUUAUUCGAUAUCUUCUUCGUCAUAAAGAUUACGUUUGGACUGCGAAUGUGGCACAGUUUAUUAAAAAGCGCCUGGAAAUCUUACGAUUUUUGCUACAAGUACUUUUUAUGAAUCCAUACGCUCAUCGGCGCUUAAAAACGAAUGAUACGAUUGAUUGUCAAAAGAUGAAAUUUAUUUAUACCGAAUACGGUAAAGUUUCAACAGUUGAAGGUGAUAAAGCAAGUGCUGGAAUGAUUGCUGAAUUAGCUGUCAAUGUCGAAGAAACGUACGGUGUUGUAGCAACACGUCUCUGUCGAGCACUACAUUCAAAAGAUUUAAGUCGCCAUCGAUUCCGGCAUAUUUGCUGUAUUCCAGCAUUUAUUUUUGUUUCUAUUCAAAUUUCACUCGUUGUAGCCCUGAGCAUUUUGGCUGUAAUUAAUGGAAUACCGUCGAAUAGACAUUCGGUGAAUGUCGCUUAUAUUUCCUUGACAAGUGUGCUUGGUGGUUCGAUAUUGCUGAGUUUUGCAACAUGGGCACGAUUGUUAUUGGCAUUGAUGAAAUCGCCCAAAUCGAAAAUUAUGAAAUUUUCGGACAAUUCAACACGUUUGAACGAUAAUUCGAUUUAUCGACUGAAGAAAGAAGUCAGUCAACUAUCGUACAUUAUCAAAUCUGUCGAAGCUUUUCUUGGAAUUAACACGCGUUUGGUAGUACUUAUCGAUGGUUUAGAUGUUUGUGAACAGCAACGUAUUCUUCAAAUACUUGAUCAAGUACAUGUACUGCUAACAAAAGAAAAUGAUCCGUUCAUAACGCUGAUUGUUUGUGAUCCACACAAAAUGAUGCAAGAUCUAUCUACAAAUGCUGCAGCGACAGCAACGAUCGCGCAGAAUCAGGGUUUCGAUACGAAUGUCAAUGGUCAUGAUUAUCUACGGUCAAUUAUUCAAUUACCAAUUUAUUUACAAUUAAAUCUAAGUAAAACAAAACAAAUGAAGAAAAACGCCGAUGGAUUUCCCAAGAAGAGACAAAAUACACUGAAUUAUGGUGCAUCAAUUCUCGAUGUUAGCAGCAAAUCAGCCGCCACGACCACAGCAUCAACAGCAAAUAAAUUACCAAAGAAUAAACGUCGUCGACAGCGACGAGAUACAUUACCAAACAAUAAACCUGUAACAACAUCGGAGUUAACGAAUCAAUUGUUACAAUCCGAUUACUUUCUUGAUAUUAAUCCACGCAUUCUCCAACGAUUGAUCAAUAUCAUCGGCAUGACUGGUCGAUUACUACGUGCUAAUCAAAUCCUAUUCAGUUGGAAACGACUUGGAUGUUGGUCAUAUUUAGUUGAACAGUGGCCGUAUCGUAUUACGUGGAUCAUCGUCUUUUACGAAGAUCAUGAACAGGAAUAUCCAGAAGAUACCGUAUUGAAAACGCUCUACGAUAAAAUCAAGCUAUUUGUACCGACAGCAAAUGAUCCUCUUCUCGAACUCGAUCGGAAUGGGCGUAAAUUUGAAUUAUGUCUAGAACGUGGUGAACCUGUUUUGAAUGUCACUGACUUAAAGCAAUUUCUUCCAUGUACAUGUAAUCUGGAUCCAUAUUUAAACAAACUUAUUCGGGAUUCUGCUGCUUAUUUUUAUAUGAAUAAUUCGGAUGAAAACGGUUUUAUCAAUGGUGACCCGUCGAGAUUUUUCCUUCGUCGUGACUCCACUUUUUCUGGACGCAGUGGAUUCUUUCCACAAGGAGCUGUGUCAAGACGUAAGAGUCUGUUACAUCCAAGAUUUAACAAUAAUGGACCUGACUUUCUUGGAAAUCAACAUCGUCCAUCGAUCGAUUUUCUCUCUCAACGUUUAUUUUCUCAAGUUGCAAUGAAGAAAACUGUUGACGACGAAGAAGAAAGUCAUGUUCGAACAUCUUCCAUGUCAUCAACAUCAGCACCUGUAGUUGCACCUCCACCCUUGAUCAAUUCCAAAAUUAUUAGAAACACGGAAACUUCAGCAAAUGUCAAAGUCGAUCUAUCCCCACCAUUGAGUCAAAUGUCUGUUAAUGACGUGUGCGAUUGUUUAAAAAAUGACAUCGUUGGCUUGAAAACAUCUAUGAUAUCGGCCUACAUUCACGAUUUCAACGAAUACAAUAUCAGUGGACGAGUACUAGUUACAUGUGUGCUUGAUGAAUUGAAACCAGUUCUUUCUAUGACAUUUGGUGAUUGGGUUUUGUUCAGUAAUUGGGUUGAAACUAAACGAGAAGAAGAACGACGAUCUCGAUUUCAACGUCCACCUCAAUCAACAUCCAACGUCAAUCAGAAUAAUCGUGCUACCGACGUACUGAAUGAUUAUCAAUUCUAUACUGAAAAUAGUGUGCUCGGUGCCGCACUCAAUCGUCUGAUGUCAUCGACUACAGCCAACAAUUCGAUGGAUGAUGCACGUCCGACCGGUAGCGAAGGUGUAUCAAUCGUUUCAGCGCCAAAAAAUGUGAAAUUCCUCAUCCCACUCGGCCGAUCCGGUAUCACAUCGAAUGAAAGUACCUUUGGAGUCGUCGAGUCAACAACACGAACGAUUACUCAUGUGAAAGACAUAUUUCCUUUGCAAUCUCAGACAUCAAAUGCUGCAGAUGAACCCUUCCAACCUGCGACACUUUCGUCGUCAACUUUCGAAUCAGGUCGCCGUCAAGAUGAAAACGACUUGAAUAAGAAUGAUAAUGAGCAACAAUCGUUACUUCCCAAUGACAAUUGA